CGACAGCAGCCGCCAUGGUAGCCUGGUCCGAUCAGGAGCGCAGCAUCAUCACCUCCAUCUUCUCCAACCUGGACUAUAACGAUGUGGGCCCCAAGGCUCUCAUCAGGUGUCUGAUCGUCUACCCCUGGACUCAGAGGUACUUCGCCAGCUUCGGUAACCUCUACAAUGCUGACGCCAUCAAGACCAACCCGAACAUCCAGGCCCACGGAACCAAGGUUCUGCACGGCCUGGACCGCGCUGUCAAGAACAUGGAUGACAUCAAGACCACCUACGCCGAGCUGAGCGUGCUGCACUCCGAGAAGCUGCACGUCGACCCGGACAACUUCAAGCUGCUGGCUGACUGCCUGACCAUCGUCAUCGCCGCCAAGAUGGGCUCCGGCUUCACCCCGGAGAUCCAGGCGACCUUCCAGAAGUUCCUGGCCGUGGUGGUGUCCGCCCUGGGGAAGCAGUACCACUGAACCCGGCGGCGGCGGCCCAAACCCGGGAGCAGAGCUCCGCGCCCGGCCGGGAAGCGACUCUCCUCUGGGAAGAAAUAAAAGCUGAGAAAAAGCAGAACGUUCUCCUGACUCCUGUUUAAACACCAGAACCAAAUGUGACAUAUUCAUGUUGCAAAAAAUAAAAUGAGUCCAUGAAUCAA